AUGGGAGCCUCCGACUCAAAGCUUGUCUUCAAGCAGGGCAUCAUUCGCCUCAGCGAACAGCAGCAGAUACCAGCAGACGACCCUUACUGGACCGGAUUUUGGGAACUUCCAGAGUCAGCCGAGGAUGUCUUCUCCCUCUUCUCUCCCGCCGACAUACGUCGCACAAGGGACAACUCUCUCGCCAACCUAGAAACCCUUAUUCUCGCCGUCACGUCGCGUCUAUGCGUCCUCCGCAACCACCCAUCGUUCCCCGAUCCCGAACUCGCGCCGGAGAGGGAUGCGCUCAACUGCAUACGUGUCCUCACCCGCCUGCUGCCCUACAUCUACGAAGCCGAUCACCUUGAGAGCUGGGAGGAGACGUUCUUCUGGGGCGCGCGCCGAAAGCGCAGUCGUAAAGGGCAGUUGCAGCGCUCCGAGGUUCUGUUUGACGACAGCAACCCCGACGACGACACCCCCAAGACCAACGAGCCAGAAUUUGAGGAAGCAAAGCCCUUGGCCGAGGAGCUGAUUGAUACUCUCAUUGAUCUUCUGUUCUACUCCGACUUCACCCUGCCCAAGGCGCCGGCCGGGAAGGGCAAAGUCACAUAUGCGAUAUGGCAGAGCGGUGUCGGAUGCAACACUCCAGUGGGAACAAGCAAAGAAUAUGAGAGCAAUCGCACGGAGAUUUUGCGGCUACUGCUUACCUUAGCUAGCAAAUCCAUGUAUAUGUCACCAAACGUUCUCCCGGUAAAAGGCGUGAAAGCAGUUACGUACAUCACGACGUGCCCAGAGAAGCAAGUCGUGCUAUCAUUGCUCUGCUCUUUGCUCAACACAACCCUGAAAUACAACCCGGCAAGUUGGCGCGUCCCCUACGAUCAUGUCGUGUUCAAGGAUCCAAAGCAGAUACUCGUGACAUACUGUCUCCAGUUGCUCCUUGUCCUUAUACUCUACCCGAUUCCUGAACCAGGUAAUGGAACGCCCCCUAAGAACUUCUUCCGGCAUUUCCUGGGCCGACUUCAUCGCCCUCAGGAUUUCCAAUUCCUGCAUGAUGGUAUGACCAGGAUCCUGAACCAACCCUUACAAGCUACGACGGCGUACCUACCCGGAAGUCAGAAGUCCCUUAGCUGGGCACCAGAGAUGCUGGUGCUCUUCUGGGAGGUGCUUCAGUGCAACAAACGCUUCCGAUCAUUCAUUAUUGACACGGACCGGGCGCAUGACUUCGUCGUCUUGAUUCUCUUCUACGCCAUGGAUCAGAGCCACGAUCCUUCCAGACAGGGUCUCACAAGGAUGUGCAUUUUCAUUUUGCAAACGCUGAGCACGGAACCGACGUUCGGGAAGAACUUGAACAAGCCUUUUGAAGGCCAGGAAACGCUGCCAAUGACAAUCCGUAUUCCAAACUUUCACGGGACCUAUGCUGACUACCUCAUCACUUCCAUCUAUACGCUUCUCACUACAAGCAAAGGGAAGCUGGAUGCUGUGUACCCAGCUCUGCUUGCUAUUAUCAACAACGUUGCUGCAUAUGUUCAGGACCUUGGUCGCGCCCCCUCUUCCAAACUAUUGCAACUCUUUGCUUCCAUGUCCUCCCCAAGCUUUUUGUUGGCGAACGAAACCAACCACGCGUUACUUCACUCGUUACUCGAAGCGUUAAACACUACUGUCGAGCACCAGUACUCUACGAACCCGAACUUGAUAUACGCCAUAGUCAGGUCAAAGAAACGCUUUGAGGCCUUAACAGCCUUUACGUUAGAGAGCGCGCAGGACGAAAUUGAACGCCAGAACCAAACAAGAAAAGAGCGUUCUGGUAGCGAUGCAGGAUCGGCGAGGGGCUCGCGUCAAAACUCCAUAGACAGCCCCAGGAGUCCUGCAACCAGCAGAACACCAACUCUCAGCAAUGUACCGGAAGAGAGCAGCGCAUUCAGCGUUGGUGAUGAUGAGGAUUCGGAGGAUGAAUCGAACGAUCGGACGCCACAAGCACGCUCAGCAUCGCAUUCUGCGAGCAACUCUAGAACGGCAUCGAUAGCAUCAACCGACGACACGGUACCGCUUCAGCUACGAGGCAUGUCGGAGAAGGCGAGAGGUAAAAUGCCAGUCGGUGCGCCGGGUUUCUCUAGACAGAACAGCACAAGCAGCCUGAGCAGCUUGGCUACGCCGGUUUUGGUGUCAAGCGGGCAGUUUACUCCGAGCGUGCCAUGGAUUGAGAGUUGGCUCCCAGAGCUCCCACUGCACACUAUUCUCACUCUCAUUUCACAACUUGCGCCUGCCAUCCCUUCGACCAGCACGUCGGCUGACACAGCGACUGCCCUCGAAGUGAUUCGCACGACUGAAGUCCGGGGCAUUGAGCCGUCCGCUAUCCGCGUCCAUCUAUUUGAGUGGUCGCCACUCUCUCUUGGGUGGUAUGAAUCCUUGCUCUGGAGCUUCAUUUUUGCGUCGGAGAUGCUGGUUUCCAGGGGGACGGCAGGAGUCUGGAACGGCACUAGCAUCAAGCUAUUCAAGGUGCAGGAGGUCGGCCCGCAGGCGCCGAGUUUGCUGGCACCAAGGGGAGCAGUGGACGCGGUAGGUGACAACUUGCGCCAGCGCAUCGGGAGCCUCAACCUCCGGGGCAACGGCACGGCUGGCAAUGGAGUGAGGAACGGGGCUAACGGUGGCACGGGUGGCACGGUGCGGGACGUCUAG